AUGCAUAUUCUUCUCCUCAGCACGUCACACCACAACAGCUCUUUGAUUGUCCAAUCCGCGCUAUCAAGAAGCUAUACUGUCACAAUGCUUCUUCCUCUUGGUUCUUACGUCCCAAACAUCGCCAAUGUUACUCUCGUCACUGGGUCGCCGACAUGUCAGCACCAUCUCGAAGCAGCGCUUCAGACACCAAAAUCACCCCAAGCUAUCAUCAUAGCUUUCGAUGAUGCCAGCAUCUGGGAUUCGGUCACCAGAGCUCUUGUAAAUGCUAUCAAAGCUGUGCAUCUACGUACUAGAACCGAAUGCAAGGCUCCGUGCUCGAUUAUGUCUCUGCCUCUUCGCCUUGUAUUCACUCACAGCAGUGUCAAACAAAUGAGGCGAGACUACUUCAACAAGGCCGACACAAUUGUGCAGGAGAGUACCUUACCCUUUGUCUUGGUUCAAUGCCAACCUCGUCAGGAUACCACCAACAGCAUACGUGCUUCUCCAUGUGAUGGACGGGGUCUUGCUUGGAUGGCUGCCGUCAAGAGAGCCAAUAUGGCCAAGACACCAAGUCUAACAGACACCAGCCUGUCAUUAGAAGUGACCGUUUCAGAAACACAGUAA